AUUCACGGAAGGCCUGUAUUUCCUCCAAAGCAACGGCUGGUGUUAUCUGGGUGUGUCAGUCCUUCAUAAGCAUCACGACGGCUGGAGUGUGACACGGGAAAGAUGGCGCCUCGUAAGAAAAAUAGAACGUCGCAGGAGAAUGUGUACUACCUUAAUACUCCGUCAGCACCGGCACAGUAUGCAAUGAUGCAACAGGCUCUGCCACCUCAAUCAGAGGAACAACAGGAACCACCACCACGACAGGGGAAGGCCCAGGCGGAGCGAUGGUCAGGUCAGAGGCAUGCUAGUGAACAGCAGUCGAUGUCCCCAGAUCAACAGCAGCAGCAACAGCAGCAGCAGCAAGCUUUCCAAGGGCUUCCUGUUCAAAUGUCCGCCCAAGGUGCGGUGUCUCUGGCGCAGUAUCCACCACCACCUCUUCCUGAUCACCUUCAACAGGGAAUGCCGCCGGCGUUCUACUACCCACCUGUGAUGGGUGAACAAGAACAGACGGCGAUGAUGGAGGAGUAUGAGGUUGGCACCGCUGCCAAUGCUCUGUGUGCGUUCGCCGAUGACUUACGUAUGGUGAAGUUGGCGAUGCAGAGAGGUGACAAUGAGAUGAAAGUUUUCAUCCAUAGACAGGGAGCAAAUGAUACAGUGUUGAAUCAGUACUCUAAUAUCAGUAACCUAAGAGCAGACCAAGCUAAAGUGUCCAAGAUGGAUGCAAAUGGUCGGAGGUUCAUUGCAAGCGCCACUACUAGAGAUGACAGCAACGCCACGAAGGAAGAGGACACUGAUGGAGGUGAAACCGUCGACGAAGACUUUGAGACACGUAAGGAGCCUGUAGAACUUUCAAUCCAGUUCACUCCUGGGGACGUGAUAUUUGCCAAUGGGAACCACAGGGGGAAGCGUCGUGCAGAGGUGUUCAAAUAUUACUCUGAGCUUCACAAGUUCAAGGAGAAGAAUAGAGAUGCACUAUUUGCAAAGGAUAAGUUAUCAUACCAAAAAGAGCUGAAGGAGUGCAUGAUCCCGAGACCUCUUGUUACUGAAUCCUGUGACCUGAGAGAAGAACAAGACACCCUGGAGAGGAGGGAUUUGGAAUUGCUAAGACUCAGAUUUUGGAGGAGAUACCAGAGGAAUGAGAAUAUGAAGCUGUUCUACUCUGACUCCUACAGGGUCUACAAAGACGCUGUGAAUUCCGUAGAUAGGAAGCUGGAGAAAUUGAAACAACAUUUUAUCAAACAGAGCCAACAGAUCUCCUCCAUGGACAAGGAAUUGUGUGAUAUCUCCUCGUCGAGGGCAGAGAAGCUGUUUACUUCGAACGACGAUUUAUCCAUCACAGAAUUUGAAACCGUCACAGGGAUUGAUUCCUCAACGUCAGGGUUCAAACCAGGCCAAAGGCAGAGAACACACAGCUCCAGAAACCUAGCGUUACAAUCAGGUGCCGUCAAUACCUCUGAAUCGGAGUCUGACAAGCGCAGUUUCAACAGGGACGGCCAUCUAAAACGGGUUAUGAAGAGGUAUUCACCACCGGACGAGUUGAAAACCGAUGAGAUUGAAAACGACCUCGUGCUCCUACGCUCCUUGUGAUGAACAUAUACACCCACAGAUGUAUCCAUACAUAUCUGUCUAAUGAAUCUAUGAAAUAAGUAUUUGCAGUCCUAUGAUUUUUGU